AGGACUCGGGUUGUGUGAUUCUGAUUCUACGUUUUCCACUUCCACGUUGACGGUCAAAUUUUACUCUUCUCAAUCUUUGAAACCCAUUCUGCACCGUCAUUCUUUGUUUUUCCACUCCCACCUUCACCUUCUUCUCCCUCUCUCCAUGGAUAUGCAUUUUUAUGCUUCAUCAAAGGCAAAUAACUUUGCCAAAACCGACUCCUACAUUUUCCCCUCUCAAAGUUUGCAUUUUUAGGGUCUUCUUAUAAUCUCAUGGACUUGCAACCUAAAACCGAACCUGCUUCACCUCCGAUCCCCGCUUCUUCUGCCAACCAUGGAAGCUUGAACGAGAUGAGCAUUUCGGAGCUCUUCUCGGGUUUACGCACCAACUGUGAUAAAGUUGAAGAGGUUUUGUUGGCCAGAGAUGCCAAACACAAAGCGGAGAUUGAUUCCCUCGUUGUGAAGUAUGAAUUGGAGAUGCUACAGAGGCUUCACACCGAAGAUCAACUGAAGAAGAAAGAGCAACAGUAUCAGAAUUUGGAGAGAAAAUGGUUGGAUGAUAACGAUGCAAUUGCUGCACUUAGGAUCAGAUGCAGUGAAUUGGAGGAUGAAAAUAAGAAGAAUUUGGAGACCAUUCAGAAACUGAAGGAUGAGAACUACAGAUUGGAGAAAGAGAAAAUCAAUGAAGAUGCAAGGGUUUUGAAUGAAAUGGCUGUUCCUGAUUCUCCUCCUUUCAAAAGAAAGAAAGGUAUUGGACACUGCAUUGGUGAAUCAGAUGAGCUUGAGGAGAGCAUAAUUGGCUUGAUCCAUGAGUGUUGGGGCAGGGCUCCUUAUUUGGACACGAAAAAUUUUUUAGGAGAUCACAAUCAACUCCGGUCCGAGCUAGAAAGGAUGACUCCUAACUCGGCUGCCAUGAAGAUACUUCGGGCCACUAGGAAAAAUGUUGUGGCUCGGGGCAUACAAUUAAAAGAAGGUGGUGAAACUGCCGCCCUAUCCUCACCCUCGAAAUCGGACUCGAGCGCGUCAGCCUCUCAAAAGGUUAUACCCAUCCCAGCGUCCCGGCCAAUUCCUCCUAUUUCCACUUCGGACAGUUUGACGGCCCGUCCUCCACCUUCUUCCUCCGAAAUGAUUCUUGCCGAGUUGGAGGGUAUAUACGACCAGAGCUUUGACGUGAUUGCUUGGAGUGAAAAGCACAUUCUUCCACAUAGCCACAUUAGUAUGGAUGAUGAUGUGUCCAUCAAAAACCAUCUCCAGCUCUUGGUCCGAGAUGGAAUUCGGAUGGCAGGCAUAUGUGCAGCCUUGACCAGGGAGUUGGAGAAGACUCCCCUUAAUGCCACCCAUAAUUCAUUGGUGGCUUCACAGGCCGAGGUGGUUUCUCUAAAGGAGGCAAAAAGGGAGCUUGAGGAGGAGAGGGAUGCAUUGCUAUCCGACUUGGGUAAAGCUCGGGCCAAGGCGAAACAGGCGGAGGCGGCCUUGGCUAUGUCGGACGUGUUGAGAAAGGAAGCAGAGGAGAGCUACACCCGCGUCUUUGGGGAGAGGCUCGACCUUGUGGAUGAACUGACUAUGGCUCGGGACAAAUAUGUAGAACUCGAGGAAUCUGUGGCUGAGGGAGUGGAUGAAAUGUUUGCAAAUUUAAAGGCCCAAUUCCGUGUCAUUGCUCCCGAGGCGGACCUUUCCCUAAUCAGCCUGGACAACAUUGUGGUAGACGGAAAGAUCGUCCCUGCUCCCGAGGAAAAUGAGGAGGUUCCCUUGCCCGACCCGAAAACUUAGGAGGCAGAUGUCGGUCAAACAUCGCAGAAUCCCAAGGUUACUCCUUAAUUUUCGUAGUUUGAAUGGCCCGAUAUGUGGGUCUUGGAUGAACAUCUUUUGUAAUAACUCGUAGUUGUUUAAACAAUUUUAUUCUGUUUUAGUUGUGAUUAAGCGGUAGAAUUUUAUU